AUGGAUGAAAAUUCGAAAGACUCCUUUGACUCUUUUGAAAAUGUGUCCCCUCGAAAACGUCCACCUCAACGUACUGUGCUUGCCGAGUUGUCUGAUUCCUCGUUUGAUGAACCAUCGAAUAAAAGACGACGAAACGAGAAUGCUGAAAUUGUAAAACAGAAAAGGCGAUCUCCUGCUCUACAUGUUGAUUCAGAUACCACAAAAUCGCAAUUACAAUUGGGAACUUCAACCUCUGUCACUUUAAAGGUUCAAUCUGUUUCUACUGAUGGCUCUCAGAUUUCUUUACAAUGUAUUAACGAUAAAAAUGGACAAUCAUUUGUCUAUCUCCAACAUCAAUGGGCUGAAACACCAGUCAACGUUGGAAACACGAUCAGGCUUUUUGAUGCGAAGCGCUGGGAUGAAAAUGAUUGGAUUGUUGAUGCCGAUCAAGGAUUGGUGGUUGUCGAACCGGAUACUUUAAUUUCAGCUACAUCUGUUGCUCAAGCACUCUUUUGUGCGAGGAAAACGGUGCUAAACGAACGCUUUCGAGGGGGAAAUGCGAGUAACAAAGCCAUGUUAAUGGGAUCAAUCAUUCAUGAACUUUUCCAGAAAGCUCUUUUUGUUCCUCCAAUGAUCGUUUCUGCUGAAUGGCUUCUUUCCCAAUGGAGAGCUUCGAUUGAAGAGAAUCCUUCCUAUCUCAUAGCUUUGGUUGCUUUAGACUUUACCCCAUCCGCAUUUGAGGCCGAAUUACAACCCUACGUUAAGAUCAUUUGUCAAUGGAUCAAUGAGAAGAUCGGCACUCACAAACCUCUUCCUUCUGGUUCCAGAGUAAAAUCCGUAUCCGAUAUCGAAGAAAACAUAUGGAUUCCGAGUUUGGGAUUAAAGGGGAAGCUUGACUCGACUCUUAUUGUCAAUAACAAAGGCGAUAAUUCUUAUUUGGAACCACUCGAGCUGAAAACGGGGAAAAGCGGUCUUUCGAUUGAACACAAUCUGCAGGUUCUCCUUUACUGUGUAAUGCUAGCAAUUCGCGAUGAUCAACCUGUAAAUUCGGGAUCUUUGCUAUAUUUGAAAGAUGGAGUUUCACGAUGCGUUACACCCAAGCUGGUGGAUUUAAAGGGCGCUUUUCAAGUUCGAAACCGUUUAGCGACGUUCACGAGCAAGAUUAGCACCAAUCUUCCGGAACCUAUCUCCGAGAAUCGUGCAUGCCUAAAAUGUGAUCAUGCUUUAACUUGUACAUUAUCGAAGUUUAACGCCCAAACAGUGAGCCCGACUUUCAAAGAACUCGUCGCCACCAUAGGUUCACAUUUGCCUAAAUCACAUGUACAAUAUUUUGAGAAAUGGACGGGAAUGCUGACGUUGGAAUGGAAGACUGCUUUGAGCCGUGUUCCAAAUUUAUCAUCGGUUUGGAAGAUGCCAUCACAUGAAAGGGAAAAACGGGGCUCUUGCAUAUCGAAUUUACAAAUCAACGCAUGUAAAAAGGGGGCAAAUGAGAAAUUCAAUAUCAAACUCACACGG